CACGCGGGGUGGGUUCAAAACGCGCGACUCGGCCAAUAGCGUUGAAGAAAACUUAAAAGUUCGUCCCACUUUCCUACGUCAUUUUUUUCAGCGCGGGAGAUGCGAGCAAGCGCGUCGCAUAAUACUGAAAGUUGCCGCCAAACCUAAGCUCCAUAACUGACCUGAGAACAACAUCAUGCCGUGUGAAAGAAAGCCCAUGAGAUACGGUCAUUCAGAGGGACUCACUGACGUUUGCUUUGAUGAUGAGGGAAAGUGUAUUGUCACCUGUGGAAGUGAUGGAGAUGUUCGCAUAUGGGAAAGCCUUGAUGAUGAUGAUCCUAAAUCUAUAAAUGUCGGAGAGAAGGCGUUUUCAGUAGCCCUGAAGAAUGGAAAAUUAAUAACUGCAGUGUCCAACAACACAGUUCAGAUUCACACUUUUCCAGAAGGAGAUCCGGAUGGAAUUCUCACUCGAUUCACCACAAACGCAAACCACGUCACAUUCAACCCCAGCGGCUCACGAGUGGCUGUGGGCUCAAGUGACUUCCUGGUGAAGAUAGUGGAGGUGACGGACAGCAGCCAGCAGAAGACACUGCGUGGUCAUGAUGCGCCUGUCCUCAGUGUGGCCUUUGACCCUUCUGAUGAGUUCAUUGCUUCUUCCAGCUGUGAUGGCUCAGUCACUGUGUGGUCUGUCGAAUCACAGGCUCAGGUUGCUCAAUGGAAAGUGCUACAGAAGUCAAGUGAUGUGAGCAAUGCUAAAUCACUCUGCAGACUUGCCUGGCAGCCUCGAUCUGGAAAGCUGCUUGCUGUACCAGUGGACGCAACCGUGCAGCUGUAUGACAAAAACACAUGGGCACAAGUUGGCACGCUCUCAGAUGAUCUCAACACACAGGUUGUUAAUGUUGUGGUCUGGUCACCAUGUGGGAAGUUUCUGGCUGCAGGAACGAUUGGUGGAAACCUGUUAAUCUGGGAUGUAGAGGCCAAACUGUGUGUCGAGAGACAGAAACAUGAGAAAGGGUUCACGGUGUGUGGGAUGGCAUGGCAUCCCUCAGGGGGGAGGAUCGCUUACACUGACACCGAGGGCUGCCUCGGGCUCCUGGAUGGAGUGUCUUCCUCCUCUUCCACCUCCUCAUCGACCACUCCGAGCACCAAGGCAACCGCAGCCAAAGAAACAAAUGAUUAUGACGGCCUGUUUGAUGAAGAUGAUGACCAGAUGUUGGACGAUGGCAUGAGUGAGUCACGCUCUCCGGUGAAAAAAGCCUUAGUGGAGGAUGAUGAUGAUGAUGAUGACCUCAUGCCUGCCACAGGCAGAGCACGAAACAGAGGAGCGUUUCUAGAUGAUGACAAUUCUCAAGAUGCAGGGUUAGCAAACCUGGAUAAACUUCCAGAUGAUGAUGGCAGCAGUGCCAUUCUUCCUGCUGUGGCUCCUGUUGUGUCUCGUCCAGUUUAUGAGGGUCCCAUGCCAACACAACCCCAAAGGGCUUUCCAACCAGGAUCUACACCUGUGCACCUCAUGCAUCGCUUUAUGAUGUGGAACUCUGUGGGUAUCGUUCGCGGCUAUAACGAUGACCAGGACAACGCCAUUGAUGUUGAGUUUCACGAUACAGCAAUCCAUCAUGCCAUGCACCUCACCAACACAUUAGGCCACACUAUGGCUGACCUUUCCCAGGAGGCUGUGCUGCUGGCCUGUGAGGGAACUGAUGAGCUUGCUAGCAAGAUCCAAUGUUUGCAUUUCUCCUGCUGGGACACGCAUAAGGAGUGGAUGGUGGACCUUCCCAAAGGAGAAGAUGUUCGUGCAUUGUGUAUGGGUCAGGGCUGGGCUGCUGUGGCCACCAGUACCCUUAUGGUUAGACUUUUCUCCAUUGGUGGCGUGCAGAAGGAGAUGUUCAGCCUGCCUGGAGCCGUGGUCUGCAUGGCGGGUCACGGCGAGCAGCUCCUCAUCGUCUAUCAUAGAGGUACUGGUUUUGAUGGAGAUCAGUCUCUUGGGGUGCAGUUGCUUCAGCUUGGGCGGAAGAGAAAACAGGUCAUCCAUGGAGAACCGUUGCCUCUUUCACAGAAGUCUUACCUGGCAUGGAUGGGCUUUACUGCAGAGGGAACCCCAUGCUGUAUUGACUCUGAGGGGGUUGUACGUAUGCUGAACAGAACUCUUGGAAACACAUGGACACCUGUGUGUAACACCAGAGAAAGCUGCAAGAGCAAAUCUGAUCAUUAUUGGGUUGUUGGAAUUCACGAGAGUCCGCAACAGCUUAGGUGUAUCCCGUGUAAAGGUUCCCGUUUUCCACCCACCUUACCUCGCCCUGCUGUGGCCGUUCUGCCCUUUAAACUACCCUAUUGUCAGACCGCCACAGAGAAAGGCCAGAUGGAGGAGCAAUACUGGCGUUCUCUGCUCUUCCGUAACCACUACGACUUCCUGUCGUCCAGCGGUUAUGAAAUCGACAGUGAAGGUCAGUCUCAGGCUGAGAAAGAGCAGCAGGAGCUGUUGAUGAAGAUGUUCGCUCUGUCAUGUAAACUGGAGCGAGAGUUUCGCUGCGUGGAGCUGGCAGAGAUGAUGACUCAUAACGUGGUGACGCUGGCCAUCCGUUAUGCUUCUCGAUCCAGACGCAUGGCUCUGGCACAGAAGCUCAAUGAACUCGCUCUGGAAAAGGCCAAUCAGCUACUGGAGGAGGACCAGGAGGAAGAGGAGCCAGCCUAUCAGAGAGUGGCACGGAGCUCUGGGUUUAACCAUGUCCGUAGAGAAUCGAGUCAGAUGAACGGCAGACAGGUUGAUAACGGCUGUGUUGAGGAAGAUGAUGUGGAGGAAGAAUAUACACAUGAAGAAGAAAUGGAUGCAGAGGAGCCAUCAGAGACCAGGAAAUCAUGUUUGAAUCCAUUUAAAAAAGGAGGAAAAUCCCCUGAAAGGCCCUCCCCCAAACCAGUAAACAAAGAAGCACGUGUAAACCCUUUUAAGGUGUCCAGUGCAGGAAAACCAUCAAUUUCACCGGCUGGUCAGUCCAGAGGGACUAAUGUUUUGGACGGUAUGACAAUGUCCAACAGAAAACCGGUGGCUCUUGUUGGAACAUCCAAACAGGGCAAAGCUCCAGUCCUAAAGCCCCUGGCACCCAAAGCCAAGUCCAAGACCCAGGCCACUUUGCUACAGAUGACUACGCCUAAAGGAAGCAGUAAGAAGCAGGAGAGCCAAUCAGUAACGGAGACUGUGAAACAGGCUCCUGCAGCAACACCUCCAGUAUCUGCAGAGAAUACAGAAAACAGGAAGCCAAAAACCGGCUUUCAGUUGUGGCUCGAUGAGAACAGGAAGAAUAUUCUCGCUGACAAUCCUGACUUCGAGGAAAUGGAUAUUAUCAAGGAAGGCAUGGGGCGUUUCCGCACGCUUACUGCAGAGGAAAGACUAGACUGGUCAGAAAGAGCAAAGAGUGAAUCCGACCCAAAGAAAAGAAAACGUGAUGAUGGAGGAGAGGAAGAUGAACAAACAGAGAAGGAUGAGGGAGGGGCCAAAAAGAAAAAGCCAUUGGAUAGCUCUGCUAAACUCUCGGCGUUCGCAUUUAACAAAGAAUAAAGGAUAUUUUUACAACAUAUUUUAAUGUCAAUGAAUCUUUUAAAGUUGUUUUUCAUUGAUCACUGUAGUUUUCUGUCCUUUCAUAGUCUUUAAGGACUGCCCAUUGUGUUCGGAUCUUUAAUUUAUGUCCCCAAGUUUGAGCUCUUUUGAAAUCGUGCAUGGCUAACUUCAUUUGCAUUUCAAAUGAAGCUUAUGUUCAUUGUUAAACAUUUCGCAAUAUGACAUUAUUGUGUUUAUCUAGGUCUCUGUGAAAUUGACAAUAUAUUCUGGGUAUGCUGUUGAUCUGUUUUGGAUACUUGUACAUAUGUUUUUGUGAACUUUUCUAGUGUAUGUAAACUAUUAUAAUAAUAAUAAUAAUAAAAGCUAAAAAAUAAUUUUGAA